AUGCCGCGUCGGUCAGAUUCUAUUGCCAUCUCAGAUGAUGACGUCACUGCCUCCUCAGACGCGUGGCGCAAGCCCGCAGCGCCUAAGAAGACAAAGACAUUGCCGGACAAGCGCAAAGCAGACCACCUAACUGCCGCAGACGAUGGUUGGAGCGACGAUUCGGCUGCUGGAUUCGAAACGCUUAAGAAGCGCUAUGCGUCCAGAAAGCGAUCGGCCAAGAGCAAAGGAAAGGGCAUUGCAAGGGGCCGCCCACCCAAAGGCGCGAAACGGCGGAAGACGCAGUCUCGGUCUUGGCGAGACGACGGUAGUGCCUCGAACUCGGACGAACUUGUUGACUCACUUCCCGCCUACUUUGGAGAGCGUCGCAAGGCCUUUGACGAGAACAGGAAGACCCUUCGCGAAGGCGGGCUGCUACUCCCCCCUGACUUCUCCGAUGUCUACUUCUCUGACGAUGAACGGCUCGAGGAACUGGAGGAGAAGCCGCAGUUUGACCCGAGAAGUGGUAUCAAGCCAUGCCACCCGUACAAGGAUAUUGUUAUGAAGACUUCCGGUGGUAUCAUACCCGCCUCCAUUGCCCAGUAUCUUCGCGACUACCAGAUUCAAGGCGUCGAGUUUCUUCAUCGACUCUUCGUAUAUCAGCAGGGCGGUAUUCUUGGUGAUGAUAUGGGCCUGGGGAAGACCGUCCAGGUUGCGGCAUUUCUGACCGCAGCGUUUGGCAAGACCGGGGAUUCUCGAGACGCGAAACGGAUGAGGAAGUACCGACGCGCCAAGAAUGACUGGUACCCCCGAGCCUUGAUCAUCUGCCCGGGGUCCCUGAUCAGAAACUGGAAGAACGAACUGGAGAGAUGGGGCUGGUGGGAUGUUGACUUGUAUCAUGGCGCUGGCAAGAGCGACGUUCUUGGUUCCGCCCGUGCUGGGAGACUGGAGGUCAUGAUCACCACAUACGCGACCUACAAGAACAGCAGCACGGAGGUGAACAUGGUCCCUUGGGAUGUCGUUGUCGCUGAUGAGUGCCACUCUAUCAAGGAAGUCACGGCCGAAACGACCAUAGCGAUGAACGAGGUCAAUUGUCUUUGCCGGUUCGGUCUGACGGGCACGGCAAUUCAGAACAAGUACGAGGAACUCUGGGCCCUUCUAAAUUGGACCAAUCCCGGACAGUUCGGCACGCUGUUGGAUUGGAAAGAGCAAAUAUGCAAGCCCCUGACUGUCGGCCAAUCCCAUGACGCCACUCUACAUCAGCUGAGCGAAGCGCGCAAGACGGCGAAGAAAAUGCGGUUCAACCUCCUACCCAAGUUCUUCCUGAGGCGGCUGAAGAGUCUCAUUGCCGAUCAGCUGCCAAAGAAGCGCGACAGAGUUGUCUUCUGUGCUCUCACGGAUCUGCAGCGCGGUGCCUAUGAAAAUCUACUCUCUAGUUCAAUCGUGCAGUUUGUCCUCGCCGCCUUUGAGGCAUGCUCAUGCGGUUCAGGACUCACAGGGGGAAGAUGUUGUUUCCAGCUCAACGCAGAUGGAGAGUCAUGGAAAGCCCUGGUGUUCCCCAUUGUCAUGGCGCUUCAGAAGCUUUCCAACCACUUCAACCUCAUGAUUCCACGGACUGCCGACAUUGCCGACAAGCUUAGAAGGGAGCUCAGAUUCCUAGAGGCUGCCAUGCCGAAUGACUGGGCGGAGCACUACGCGAAGCGGGAUAACAUGAUCAACCUUGCCAACCCGGAAUACUGCGGGAAAUGGAAGGUCCUGAAGAAGCUGUUGAAGUUUUGGCACGGCAAUGGCGACAAGGUCCUAGUCUUCUCGCAUAGUGUGAAACUACUACGGAUCCUCCAGCAACUCUUUGGCAUGACCAACUAUAAUGUGAGCUACUUGGAUGGCUCACUUUCUUACGAUGAGCGGCAGGAAGUUGUCGACGACUUCAAUUCGGACCCUAAUCAGUUCGUCUUCCUUAUAUCGACCAAAGCUGGAGGUGUAGGUCUGAACAUCACCUCAGCCAAUAAAGUAGUCAUUAUGGACCCUCAUUGGAACCCGUCAUACGAUCUUCAGGCCCAAGACCGCGCCUACCGAAUCGGCCAAGUUCGUGAUGUGGAGGUCUAUCGCUUGAUCUCCACUGGUACGAUUGAGGAAAUCACAUAUGCCCGGCAGAUCUACAAGCAGCAACAGGCAAACAUCGGGUAUAACGCCUCGAACGAGCGUCGAUACUUCAAGGGUGUUCAGCAGAACUCAGACCGAAAGGGUGAGAUUUUCGGCAUCCACAACUUACUGACGUACAAUGGCGAUCAAGGUGUCCUUCGUGACAUUGUCAACAAGACCAAUAUCGCCGAAGCCAAAGCGGGUGUGAGGUUGGUGGACAUUGACAUGGACAAAGUAAUCAAAGAUGUCGAGGAAGACGAGUUUGUCAAGAAAGAGGAGGGUGCCGACGACGACAGCGGCGGGUUGAGACACCUCUCAGCAAUGUUGACCAAAGAAGACGCCAAGGAAAAGGCGCCGAAGUUAAAAGUAGCUUCGAAGCCCAGGAGCGACCCCAUCCAGGCUAUUCUAGCUUCCGAGGGUGUUGAGUACACCCACGAGAACUCGGAGGUUAUUGGGUCAUCAAAGAUCGAGGACGAAUUAUCUCGACAAGCUCAGCUCGCCGCCGAUCCAGAUGCUGAUGGGGCCAGUCUUGCCCUCUUCUUCAACAGCCAAGACAGUUCUGCGCAGAGCGCCUCAAACUCGUAUCAUCACCAGUAUAAUCCGCCGAAAGACGUCAUGCAGAGGCAGUUCUGCACAAUGGCUAAGACCUUCGACUUUACUAGUGCCACAGAAUUCGCCUUGGCUGUUGAGACCAUGACACAGGAGCAACGCAGGAACUGCCUGGAUCUCUUCUACCGAAUGCGCGUUGAGAAGCUCAAGGGUCUUGGUGCUAUCAAGCCCGAUGUUGACGCGAAAACGGAGGACGAAGGCAAAGAUGAUGUGAAGCUGGAGGACUCUAAGGCUGUGGGUGUGAAGUCUGAGUCUCCAGCCGUUGAAGCGGAGGUGGUAGAAGACGUCAAGAUGGAAGAUGCAACGCCCAGUACACCAGUCAUCAAGCCCAAGCCUGCGAGUCGCUCUUUUGGCAGCGACACCAAGAUGCCCAAGAACGAGGACGGCGCAGCGAGAGCAGUCAAGCAAUCGAUAGCCAUCUGGCUGUCCGAUGACGACGAGACAGAUGAGUUAUGA